AAUAAGAUGACGAUAGGAAUUGUUGAGAAAGAGAAGCAAGGAAAGAAGAAGCGAUAUAUUUAGUUUGUUGAAGCAAACACAGCCUUGUUGGAGUUGUUAGCAAGAAACCGCAGCGUUGAUUUUCUUCUAUUUUUGGAUCGUCUUAACGAGGUUUAGUUUUCUCAAUCAUAUGCAAUCCAAUUCGUAAGCCUUGAGGUUGAGUUUCCAAAAAACAAUUUAAUCGGCCAAGAAAUUUCUUCGCUGAUAAAAGAAGAAUGGCGUCAAAGAGCUACUUCAAACAAGAGCACGAUCUUGAGAAGAGGAGAGCUGAGGCUGCUAGAAUCAGGGAGAAAUACCCAGACCGUAUCCCUGUGAUUGUGGAGAAGGCAGAAAGAAGUGAUAUUCCAAGUAUUGACAAGAAGAAGUACCUUGUCCCCGCUGAUCUGACAGUUGGACAAUUUGUCUAUGUUAUUCGAAAAAGGAUUAAAUUAAGUGCAGAAAAGGCAAUAUUUAUCUUUGUGGACAACGUGCUUCCACCUACAGGAGCAAUCAUGUCUGCUAUAUAUGAGGAGAAGAAGGAAGAGGAUGGUUUUCUUUAUGUUACUUACAGUGGGGAGAACACCUUCGGGGAUCUGACUUCCCACUAGCGUUUUAAAGAUUGGCACUAUAAUAAUCUGAUAAUGAUUGCUUCGUCAUUGACCAUUCUCAUAAAUUUGUAUCGGUACUCGAUUUCAAACGACAUUGCUCUCAAUUCUAUGUACAGCUGUAUAUAAAUUCUAAGAAGAACAUGUUAAUGUUAAAAGGGUUUCCUCCCUUUUAUUAUUGAAACUCUUUUCUCGGUUGUUAAUUUUGCUUA